CCCACCUCCAUCCAACUCCGCCAGCCUCUACCGCUCACUUCCGCCUAAUACAAUAGUAUCCCGCAAUUAUGCCGGCCACGACAGCCGAGACGCUGUCGCUCGUCACCCGCAACGUCUCCGUCGCACCUCUUGUGCUCCUCUCCGCAGCAGAUCACUACGGCCGACAAGCAAAAGGGACAAGGAAACGAGUCGUCGGUGUGCUUCUGGGGCAGAAUGACGGCAAGAACGUGAGGGUAUCAAACAGCUUUGCUGUACCCUUUGAGGAAGACGAGAAGGACCCGUCAGUAUGGUUCCUAGACCACAACUACGUCGAGUCGAUGAACGACAUGUUCAAGAAGGUGAAUGCGCGGGAGAAGCUCAUCGGGUGGUAUCACACAGGUCCCAAGCUGCGGGGGUCGGAUCUGGAGAUCAACGAGCUGUUCAAGAGGUACACGCCGAAUCCGCUGCUGGUCAUUAUCGAUGUGCAGCCGAAGGAGGUGGGCGUACCCACGGAUGCGUACUUCGCGGUGGAGGAGAUCAAGGAUGACGGCACAACUACCUCCAAAACCUUUGUGCACACACCCUCAAUAAUCGAAGCCGAAGAAGCAGAAGAAAUAGGCGUCGAGCACCUCCUCCGCGAUAUCCGUGACGUCGCCGUCGGUACCCUCUCCACCCGCAUAACCUCACAGCUACAAUCUCUGCAAGGCCUGCAUCUCCGCCUGCGCGACAUAGGGCAGUACCUACAAAAGGUGCUCGACGGCGACCUACCAGUCAACCACGCCAUCCUCGGCAACCUCCAGGACGUUUUCAACCUCCUCCCGAACCUGUCAACACCGAAGCCAACACCAGUGGGCGGCGCAACGAACGGGGUGGGUCCUGCCGCAGGCACUGCUGGUGCGUUGGAUAAUUCGGAGCUGGCCCGUGCCAUGAGCAUCAAGACGAACGACCAAUUGAUGGCUAUCUAUCUAUCAAGUUUGAUCCGCGCGAUAACCGCUUUCCACGACCUCAUCGAGAACAAGAUCCAAAACAAGCAGCAAGCGGAGGAUAAGGAGCUGAAGAAGGAGGAGGGCAAGGAGGGAGAUAAGGAGAAGAAAGCGAACGGUGUGAACGGCGACGCAAAAGAAGGUGAAAAGGAAAAGGGCAAGGAAGGGGAGAAGAAGAGGGGAUGAGAGUGGAUGUGGGGAAGGUAGAUGGAGCGACUGAGAAAGGUCGUCCGUACGCUUGCAUGAAAGUGUAUUAUAUCACACUUAUUGGCCACUGCGGAGUCGCAAUGCGUGUGCCUCCCAGAUGCAUGGCAUAAUGGCAUGAUAGAAUUGACGAUAAUAAACAUUGGAGCCUCAU